AUGGCCCGAACCUCCAAACCUGUCUACGACACCGAUUCUCCCCCAAAGAAGCGCGCGGUCAAGUCUGCCACACCGAGGGCACUUUCCGCGUCGGAAAUCGCGCGCAACCCGUCACAUUUCGAGACAUGGAGUUCCUUCCAGGGUUGUGAGAUAGCCGCCUACUCAGACUUACCUGAUGUGCUAUCGCAGACUGCUGUAGACGUAUUUGAUACGUUUGCGCGCUUACCUCGCGCGUGGGUAGAUGCUACGUCCGCGCAGUAUGGGUCGAUGCAAUCAACUUGCUCGUCUGAGUGUCUCAACUUCUUUGGCGCUGCCUACGAGGCAUGUCCAGACAUGUUCUCGGAUGAUGUGGAUCCAUCAACGGCCUCUAGUCUGAGGCUAUUCGAUGACCUGCGUUGUGUGUUUGUCGCCCAUGAACGCCUUCUCAAGCUUCAGUCUUCUGAAGGAGCCGUGUCGGAGGCAUCCAUGGUCGCCAAUGUCUACGAAGUGAUACGCAGUUCUGCGGUGUCGACGAGCUCAUAUAGGGCAAAGUGCCCCGUCACUCUGGCGCAGCCCAUGGAACGCCUCACUAUCACUCCGGACAGUCUCCGCAUUCUUUCAGCGGCUACAGUUAUACCGGACGCUGCGCUCUUUGUCCCAGCGCUGUCGAUACGCGACCUCUCACACUCUACUACGUCCGCCUUGAAGACGCUCAAACGGUCACCACGGACGGGCAAACCUGCCGCAUUUUCUGGACAAGCCACGCCGUGCACGCAACUACCCGCGUUGCCUGCUUUCGAAUUCAUCGCCAGUGUUUGGGAGGACAAGAAGCCCACCCAAACAGCUGUUGAGGAUGCUUAUCGGCAGAACAGGAUGUCCACGACAGCGGCGGUGCGGCAUCUUCAUGCGAUGCAUGUACAUGCUCCCGUCUUCGGAUUACUCUGGGCAGAUGGAACCGUCCGAGCGCAUGUCGACUGGGCGACAGGUGAUUGGGAUGCUUCCCCGACCGUCCAAUCUGCCCCAUAUCCGGGCGCUCAACUAUCUCAAGGCGUACAUCUCUUCCAAGAGUGGAAACUUAAGAACCCAGCAGAUGCACUCGCUGUAUUCCUGCUCGUGCGCAACAUUGACGCCUAUGCCUCUGGCGCGCUUGUCCAGCGCGUACGGGCCGGCGUUCAAGAUCUUGUCGAGUCCGUCAUCGACCAAAGCAUCCCGUUUCACCCAUGGAAGCGCGUCGGAAAGUUGGUUGCAUCACAACGGAAAGUGCUUGGCAACAUCAACGCCGUCGAGUCCGCGAAAGAGAACACGACGGAGCAGUCUUCCGUAGAGCCAGAACCCGUGAAGCGAACGAAGCGGACUACUACUAGGCGUCGGCGCAGUACGCCGCGUUCGUCCUAUUCGCCUGCUUGA